AUGCGCCAGCAACGCCUCAAAGAGCCUGCUAGUCAAACUAGGCCGCUAGAAGAAGUGGAGCGUGAGCAGCAAGCACUUGAAGCGAAACUACAGCAACUCCUCAACGAUUUUAGGACAAAAAAAACACAGCUUGAGCAAGCCCAGAACCUAGCUCAAAAGGCCCAAGCAGAUUUAGGGCAAGAAAUAGCGCAAGAAAAAGCCAAACAAGAGCAAUUGGAGGCGAUCGAGAAAGAGCUAAAGGAACGCAUUGAAGAAGGUAAAGUACUCAAUGAGCAGGAACAAGAAGCUUGA